GCGCUGGGAGGGCGCUGGGAACACGACAGUCGCGAUGCGGCAGCGUGGAGAGCAGCGGCCGCGCUGCCCGCGGCUCUGCGUGAGGCAGCGCAGACCAGGAAACAAGUGGGGACCCGGGCGAAAGUCAAGGGUGAAAUAUGCAGCUAGGCGUUUGCAGUUCCCCACCUAGGGCAGAAUGCGCCUCCUACGAAGCGAAGCGCUGUUAAGUACUACUAAAGACUGUUAAGUACUACUAAAGACUGUUAAGUACUACUAAAGACUAAUAAAGUGUACUCGGUUCUCUAUUGUUUUUUUUUUCUCGGGGGAGGGGUAGGUUGCAUCUCCAUGGUUUGCCUCUGCUUGUCUGUGGCCAAGAACAAACUGAACCCUUGCUGCUGGUGUUUCAUCACUACUUCCAAUGAUUAAGAGUAAGCUCUUUCACUAAAUAAGCUCUCAGAAAUGGAAAUAUUUCUUGUGACUCGGUUAAAAAAUUGGUGACCUUUAGGCUUCCUGUUUUUCUUCAGUCUUCAAAACAUUCUUGGAAACUGUUGUGCCAGCUUCUUCCUUCAAACAGUGUCAUGUCUUCCACAGACUGAUAACUCACCUGUACCCCAGCUUGCUACAUUGCUCACUACUGUAUCACCAAAGUGAAGAAUGAAGAACAGGCAUUUUCUGUAGUGUGGACAAGAAGGGUCAAGAGAAAUGUGACUGGAAUCAAACUCAGUGCUUUUACGGUACAGCAACAUAGUUUAGUAGGCUCACAGGAGACCAGAGGCCCAGCCCACAGGCAAACGUUCAUUCAUGUAGCAAACAACUGAAAACCAGGCACUAAAAUGGACAAAGUGUUUCAGGGAUAGGUUCCUGAGCAGUCAGAAGAGUCUUCAUGGAAAGACCACCCAUGUUUAGAAACAUAAAUGCACUCCUUGGUUUCUUUCUGCUUGUAUAGGACCACACAGAUGAAACCUGGUCUUUGGAGGUGUUUGGGCACCUAAUUGCCUUUAUGCAUUUGUGCUUUUGAGGAGGAUUCUUAGACGUGUGUCAGGGAGCAUAAUAUAAUAGUAAUGGAAGUAAAGGUGUUGAAGGCUUUUGUAAACAGGAGUGGUUUUUCUCCCAUUAUAACCUAAAUCAGGAACAUAAAUUGAAAUGUUUAUGCUGACACAGUAACGUGACUGCAAAUUCUUCCCUGGGUGACUUUUUCAGCUUAAUUUAUAUCGUUUGGAGUGGGAUUGAGUAAAAACUGAAGGGAAAAGUUCAUUCAUACUGCAGUAAGCUCAAAAGAGACUAUGCUGUGUAGUCAGAGAAACUUCCCUGUGCAGACCAGAUUCAGCCUGACUUGGGAAAUUGAACUUUUCACACGCAGAGAAAACCACUUGGAGCUACACAGGCUGAAGAGGAAAUCUCUCUUUUUGAUCACCUUUCCCUCCUGCCAGCUGUGAAUGGAGCCUGAAGAUGAACAGAAGGCUGAGACUACCCAGAUUGCUGGGAACGCCGGGCCCAUUAAAGCUGUGCUCAUCCAAAGGCACCGAAAUGCUCUGCAGGCUCUCAGACAACAGUUGCUCCGUCAUUUCAAAGAGCUGAGAAUAAGAAGGUGCUGCAACAGAUGGAUCUGCCUAUUGAUAAGCCUAUUGUUUCUCAUUGGACUUGUGCUGUUCAUUGUAUUUGCCAAGGUAGUCUAUGAAGACCUUCCUUCUGAACAGUGCCCCAGUGAGUGGAUCGGUUACAGAAAGAAAUGUUAUUUCAUCUCAGAGGAAGAGCAAAACUGGACAGCCAGUCAGACCUUCUGUGCUAAGAAUAGAUCUGUGCUUGCUGUUUUUGAAAACCAGGAAGAAAUGCAUUCCCUAGCUAAGCGCUUGAAAAUGGAAGACUCUUGGAUUGGACUGCGGAAGAAAGGGGAAAGCUUCUGCUGGGAGAAUGACAUUGCCUUGGAGGUGGACUUGUUCCAGAUACAGAAUCACUCUGAGUGCGCCUACCUGGAGUCCUUCACCAUCUCUACAUCAGCAUGUUCUUUGCCUAGGCGCUGGAUCUGUGUCCGGUCUUCCCUAAAAUGAUACCUUUGAGACCUCUAUUCGUGAAUGACUGUUAAGAGAUAUACACUGUACUGUACUGUAGAUAGGCUGAUUGUGGCUGUGGCCACUCUCUCUUGCACUGUCUCGAAGCCUGUCUCAGAGAGGAAAGGACCAUGUGUCACUUUCCAAAAUGUGCUGUUUGUAACACACCAAACAUCUGUUUUCGGACGGCUCACAGAGAAAUGUCCUCGCUCCAGGGUUACGCUCACAGAUGACCUGCAGUGGGGUCUACCAGGGCUAGCUGAUGAGGGUAAAGGUUCAGUGGGAUUUCUACUGUCCUUCUGAUAAAUAAGGGUCUCUGGUUGUCUCCUGCCUUUCAUCAUGUGGUCUUGGGGAUAUGUGGCAGCCAGAGACAUCGGUCAGCAGGCACCACUACAGGAAUAGUUAUCAGGGCUCUUGGAUUUCUCUGCAAAUGCCUUACGCUCUUGGCUGAGCUUUCCCUGGGUUGGACCGACUGGCUCUUCCAUGUCACUAUUUCCCCAUGUACCAGUCUCCCUCUGUGAAUCUUAAUAUUUUUCCAUUUGAUUUAUGUCCUCUUAAGUAAACAAAUAUGCCCAGUUUGCACCAUGGCCAGUCUAUGGCCAUCACUGUAAUAAACACUUGGUAGGAUCAGAAUGACAGGAAGGUCAGGACUUGCCAAAGGCAGAGGCUUCUGCUGACUCACCAAGGGCAUCCUACUCUACCUAAUUUAAUGUGGGGUUUUGUACAAAUGUUUACCAGGUUUGUUCAUGCUAAGAUUUGAGCUUGCUCAAAAAAACAAUAGGCAGCCUAACCCUCUCCCCCCCCGCACACAGAGGGAUUAUUCUUAGCCAAUUGCAGCAUCUAUUGAUUGAAUGCAUUUUCAGUGGGUAAUCUGGGGUUUAGAGCUCAAUCCAUGUUUCAGAUAGAGGGCACAUUCUCAUUUUAAAGACUUUUUUUCUGGAGGCAGUGUUUUCAUAGUGCAAAAGACCUCCUGCCUCUGGAAAGACAGGAUGGCUUUUACAGAACAAAAAGCGUAGGGAAAAAUUUCUCUGAGCAGACAGCUGUGGCAGACGGGCACGAGAGAUGAGGAUAGUGAUUUCUUUGCUUACCUCAAUGAAGUUUGCUGGAAUUUGUCUGUCUGAACCUUUAGCCAACUAAUUACUAACAGAACGUCAGUAGAGGGUUGUGUAUUUCUCUCCCCCUUGUGUCUUACCCAUUAGUAAAGAUUUAAAAGCCAAUAAAUACCAUUAAAUGUA